AUGGAUCCUACGCAGAUCGCAACAGAGUUUACCAAUUAUUAUUAUAACUUGUUUUGCACUGCCCGAGAACAACUCAAACCACUUUAUAGAGAUCAAUCAAUGUUAACAUUCGAAGGACAACCAUUUCAAGGUGCAAACAACAUCAUUGAAAAAUUGACGUCUCUACCUUUUCAGCGAGUUCAGCAUAAAGUGGAUACCGUAGACGCUCAACCAAAUUUUAACGGUGGCAUUUUUGUUUGUGUUACUGGCGCAUUACAGAGUGACAACGAUCAACCGCAAAGAUUCGCACAAUUCUUUCAACUUAUUCCUGAUGGCACAUCCUAUUAUGUUCUUAACGAUAUCUUUCGCCUGAACUAUGGUUGA